AUGUCGUUCCAGGUGUGCAGCCUGCUCGGUUUCAUCUGCAUCCAGUUCUCCUGGUUCAACAACGCCAGCAAGGGCUCCUACUUCAGCUGGAUAUCGAUGAUCGCCUUCUGGUUCACGGGCAUCCUGCUCGGCUUCUACCUGUUCCACAUCGUUGAGAAGUUCUACAAGAUCCCCUGGCUCAGGAUUGAGUUCGUGUUCUGCUCCCUGUGGACCUUGCUAUACGUGAUCGCCGCCAUCUUGGCUGUCACCGUCAGGGACAACCCCCAUUCCGCUGCGGCGUUCUUCGCGUUCGUCGCGACCGCCGCGUACGCAAUGGACGCGUUCGUGAAAUGGCGGGCGGUGCGCGCGGGCGGCCUGGCGCAGGGCACCCGCGUCGUCUCCAAACAGACCACGUCCACGGUCAACACGCCCCCGCGCGAGGGCUAC